GCAGUGCGCGGGGGCUCCCGGGAUGGGUGAGUCCGGGCGCCAGCGGGCUGGUGGGCGGGGGAGCGAGCUCGCGGCGGAGAGGAGCGUGCGCGAGACUGGGGCGCAGAAGGCGCGCGCGGGGUGUGGCGGGGGCGCCACGCAGAGGGGGGAGCGCCGCCGUAGGCCCACAAGGAUGGAAACGGACUACCUGAAGAGGUGCUUUGGAACCUGCCUGGGCCAGGCACUGGCAGAGGUGGCGAAGGUUCGGCCCAGUGACCCCAUAGAGUACCUGGCUCACUGGCUUUAUCAUUACAGGAAUACCUCUAGAGCAAAAGAAGAGGAUAGCCGAGAGAAGAUCCGGCAGAAGGAAGAAUAUGAUAAUAGCCUCAAAGAAACCGAGAUGACAGAAAUGCUGAAGCAAGAAGAGUGUGAGAUUCAACAGAAUUAUGAUAAGUGUCACCAGCCACUGGUAUCUGUAGCUAACUCCACAAUGAAGACUGUAUUCAUACAAGAGAACACAAAACCCGUUGAGAAGGAUGGCUUGAGGCAAGAAUCUUUGCCAGGUACUUCCAAUAUGGUUCCCGGAAUGCCUCAAUAGAUUCCUUCUUGAGAGACAUCUGGCCAGGCUGACUGCAGUGUUGAAACUCCACAAGAGAUAAAUUCCUAGGCUUUUCGGCAUAAAAUUGCUCCCAGAAUGCAUCCUGGCUCCAAAUCUCCUUAAGGUAUCAAAAGGUGGCUGAUUCUCAUGAUGCUUCUCUCAAAGCUACAAGCUCAGAAAGGGGCCAGCUAGGGCUCUGACCAGAAGAUGGUAACUGUGUGAAUUAAACCAAAAUUUGAGGGACUGUGGAGGGGGGUGUCUGCAGGGACUCUCCAGCCAAAGUUCUGUUCUGAUAGCCAUGAAAACCCCUUAAUCAUGUAAACAUUUCAACUACUGACAGGAUAAAAUAAACUCAUGAGGAUUUCAAAUAAGUAA